AUGCCCUCGGCGACGACCUCCGGCAGCGACACACUCGCCUCGGUGCCCGAGCUCCCCUUUGCGCACGCGCUCGCGGGCAGCACCUCGGCGCCGCCGCUCGGGUCGACGCCGGGGCGCACGAGGGACCGCAGCGGGAGCAGCGCGACGCGGCUCAGCGUGUCGCCGAGCGUCGCUGGCGGCGGCGUGGGCGCGAGCGGGUUGAGCGCCGUGAGCUCGAGCGAGGAGGACGAGCCGCUGUACGUCGAGGCGCAGCGGGUCGUGCCGGGGACGGCGGCGGCGCAGGGGCAGGGUGCGCUCGGGGCGCCGUUCGUCGCCGCGCCGGCGCAGCAGCAGCAGGUCCAGCAGGUCCAGCAGCCGGCGCCGCCGCAGCAGGUCGACGACCCGAACAAGGUCAUCCUCUCGGGCUACCUGACCAAGCAGGGCAAGCGCAAGAACUGGCGCAAGCGGUGGUUCGUCCUCCAGAGCGGCAUGCUCAUGUACUCCAAGUCGCACAUGGACACGAAGCACGCGCGGCAGAUCCCGCUGUCGUCCAUCGUCGACGCCAUCGAGGCCCCCUCGCACCCUCACUACCCGUCCUCGCCCUCGCUCUCGGGCCCACCUUCCUCGCCUCUCUCGCCACCCACCUCGUCCUCGACCUCGUCCCCCCACGACACCGCGCCCACCUCGUCCUCGUCGUCGAGCGGUGGGCCGACGCCCGACAACACGUUCAAGAUCAUCACCCCCUCUCGCACGUUCCUCGUGUGCGCCCCGAGCGAGGAGGACGAGAUCAAGUGGCUCGCGGCCCUGCAGUGUCUCGUCGCGCGUCGCACCGCCCAGGCGCUCCAGCCGCCUCCCCCUCCUGCCGCGGCCACACCGGCAACCGCGCCAGCACCCGCUCAGCAGGCGCCCGAGGUCGUCCGCCGCCCGAGCCAGCCGCAGCGCCCGACGGCGCACGGCAGGCAGCGCAGCGUGACGGACGCGGCGCGCCAGGCCGUGCGCGACGUCGAGCGCAGGUUCCAUCCCGGGUCGUACUCGCACGGCCAGCCGGGCGCGGCGGCGGCUUGA